UUCACCUCCUCCUCCUCCUCCUCCUCCUCCUCCUCCUCCUCCUCCCUCCCUCCCUCUCCUCCUCCGCUUGUUUGGAGGAUCGACGGCUCCCGGCAUAGAACCCGCACAGAGGAGCAGACGGGAGGAGCCGUCACCGGGACCCAAACAAGAGCCACACAGCAGCAGGUCCAGAAGCGUGACCCACGGACAACAAUCGGCUCCAUUCAUCCCCCCGUUUAAAGCCAGUCCAGACGAGGGCUGAACACGCCGGCGCAGCUCCUCACGGACGGACCGUUGCCCCCGAGCCGAGACGCAGAGUCCUCAGGACCCAUGAGAGUUCAGAUGAAGGUUAUGUGUGUGUGGGCCGUGCUGCUCCUCCUGGGUCCGUGGCCAGCCCCAGCCUACCGGACCCCCUUCGACCAAGGACCACUGGAGUCUGAGCAGAAGGGUCCAGGCAGGACGGAGCCUAGGGGACGGCCGACGGAACGCUACCCCAGAGACGAGGCUCCGGACGGCGGGCCGAGGUCGUCCAGGGAGUGUCGCCGAUGCUGCGACCCCCGAGAGGAACCCCCGUCGGGCUACACCGGCCAGAGCUACCCCCAGUUCCAGCCGCCCCCGCCCGAGUACAAAGUGGUGCCCCAGAUCAACAUUACCAUACUCAAAGGUGAGAAGGGGGACCACGGCGAGAGAGGACACUUUGGCAAAUCGGGGAAAGGCGGGCUGACCGGCCCACAGGGGCCCGCUGGGUACAAGGGCUCAAAGGGCAGCGUGGGCCUCCCGGGGGAGGCCUGCAAGUCGCACUACGCCGCCUUCUCGGUGGGCCGCAAGAAGGGCCUCCACUCCGGCGACUACUACCAGACGUUGGUGUUCGACACGGAGCUGGUCAACCUCUACGGACACUUCAACAUGUUCACCGGAAAGUUCUACUGCUACGUGCCGGGCAUCUACUACUUCAGCCUGAACGUGCACACGUGGAACCAGAAGGAGACGUACGUGCACGUGAUGCACAACGAGCGCGAGGCGGUGAUCCUGUACGCGCAGCCCAGCGACCGCUCCGUCAUGCAGAGCCAGAGCCUGAUGCUGGCGCUGGAGACCCACGACCAGGUGUGGGUGAGACUGUUCAAGGGCGAGCGGGAGAACGCCGUGUUCAGCGACGACUUUGACACCUACAUCACCUUCAACGGACACCUCAUCAAACACAAGAACGAUUUGUAGGGCGUCGUGGGUGUGUAUGUGUGUGUGUGUGUGUGUAUGUGUUUGUUUGUGUGUGGGGGUGCACGGGUGUGUCUGUACUUGUACGUGUGUGUGUGUGUGUGUGUGUGUGUGCACGGGUGUGCCUGUACUCGUUUGUGUGUGUGUGUGUGUUUGUAUGUGCACAGGUGUACCUGUAUGUGUGUGUGUCUGUAGUUGUAUGUGUGUUUGUGUGCAUGUGCGUGCCUCUACUUGUAUGUGUGUUUGUGUGUGUGUGUGUGUGUGUGUUUGUGUGUUUGUGGGUGUGUGUGUGGGACUGGGACAGACGAUAGCAGCUAGGUAUAGACUUUGACAAGCCAGAGGAGAGCAGUGCAUCAUGGGAGGCCUUUGUCACAGCAUCGCUCUGACCCCGAUCGACUGGCCGGCUGGACCUCAACAGUCUGAAGUGACUCGACUCAACCCAUGGACCCGCAAUUGGGUUUAACUGGGGAGCGUUGGCAUCAGCAACGUUAUGUUUGGGUGGAAGAGGCGUGUCGGGUGCAAAGGUCUGUUAUGACACACACCUGGCCCUGGUCUUGUAGAGUAAGCAAAACCUGUACUGAUAAACUGGCAAUCAGCAUUCUGGAUCUAUUUAUGGGUUUGGAUAUAUAUGUGUUAUUGAUUGACGAGACUCUUAAUGAGGUUUAUAUUCGUGUUUUUAUUUUAUGUUCUUGUUUUGUACUUUUUAUCUACUUUAAAUAUUGUGACUUGAUUAACAGGAAUCAAGUCCCAUCAGUAUUGUGUAACUAAACUUUUUUUUUUGCGUUGAUAUUUACAUUGUCUAGCACCUACAUUGCUUGCCAGGUCAGUCAGCAUAUAUAUUGAGCAUAUAAACUCUCCUUCAGGUGCUAGUAUAAAUAAAUAUCAAUAAAACUGUUUUAGCCCCAGGAUUGAAUGAAUACCUAUGGUGACAGAACAUCAGGUAUACAUGGAUAUUAAUGAAAGGGGCUAUUUAAUAUUUGUAAAGUUAAAAGGCUAUCUGGCAAUCUGUAUUAAUACUCCACAUCCACACUGUUGUGAACUCGUUCCCAUCUGUCGUAAGGACAACAGUUCUCGUAAUAUAUCCUACGCCCAUUUUGGCAGAGCAUAGGCGUACUUCAGGGAAUCCAUCUGAGACAUCCUGUUUCAUUGUUUUGGACAUGUUACACAUGACAUUAAAAACCAGACGAUAGCCAUAAUGGCCUGGAGGUGACGUGAACUUCCUGCUCCAUGUGUGCUCUUUGUUUUUUAUAGUUUUCUUAGUUCCUAGAUUUAUAUAUCAAUUGAAAGGUUUUAACAACAAGGUAAAUGAUCAGCACCAUCAUGUAAUCUGUAUUCCUCCCGCUGUAACAAUUAAAUGGCUGAGAUUCCCAGCUCCCACAGGGAACCCAAAUGAAUUCCUGCUUUUAGUCUACAUUCAAAAAUAAAACAGCAGGAAUUCAACAGGUGCAUUAAAGAAUAAAGAAAGAGAUUUCCCUGAACCACCCUAAACUUUUGCACAUAACAUUACAUAAUUUCUUUCUCGGGGUGUGCAAGAAAAAGGGUCUCCCCUCUUAAAGAGAUGAGAGGGACCGUGCACGCACACACACGCAUCGCCGUGAGAAAACACAACAGAGAAAUACGAAUCUUAAAUUACACGUUUGGACGCGCCAAUUUAAAGAAGCACCGGCACAUAUCGCAAUAUUGUUUUGCUGCCAGUCGGCCUGCUUUGAACACCAUCUGUCACAACGAAUGUCUCAUGGAGCCUUUGAUGCCGUUGUGUAUCUGGACAGUGUUCAGCGGCAGCCUUUCAGAGCAGGCGUCCCGGGGGGAACGGUUUCAAACCGCCGCUUCAAACCCAUAGGCCCCCUUACUUAUUUUCCACAAUGGCGACAUUGUUAAGUCCCUUUAAUAUGAAGAUUAUGAAAACAAGAACAUUUACAUAGAAGAGGAAAAACAAGGGAGGGAAACAGAGGGAGGGAACCGCUUGACAGUUAAAAGACGUUGCUACAGAUCCCGUCUAUGUUUGUUUUCCUGUCUGUUCUGCUAUGGUGCUGUUGUUUCGUUUGUUCAGAUGUUUGUGUGCAUCGCCCGAAAUGGAUAUGGAUCAAAUUCAAUGUUAAAAUAAACAAACAUGUCCUUCAGGGAA